GAGGUCACAUUCCAAGAUGGCUGUACCUGAGGAAUGCAGUGGGUGCCCCCCUAAGACGCUUUCCUCCCUCCCUUUUUAUUAAGUAAACCAAUUUAGUCUAUUUAAAUUUAUAAUUCAUAUAUUUUUAAACCAUAUUUAUUUCAUUUUAAAUAAUCCGUACCUUUAUUUACAAUAUUAAAUGUUAUAUAUUAUAUUUAUUUAUUACAUACUGUAAUAUAUUUAUUAUUAUAAUUUACGAGGGUGAUAUAUAUUUGAGAAUACUGCCGCGAAGGCCAACUGAGUACACUUUGGAUCUGGAUAAUGCUUAUGCAAGACGAUGCAACCGGCUCGUUUUAAACAAUGUCUCAUCGGGAUAUCUCUGAGGUGGAGCCCGAAGGUACGUCGGCCUUGGCUGCUGGAUCAAGAGCUCUAUUUCUAGAGACUGUUCGUAAAAGUAAUACAGCCUGUCAAAAUGGUGAUUACGCAUUGGCAGCAACGUUAUAUACUGAAGCACUUGCUUUGGAUCCACUUAGUCAUGUUUUAUAUUCAAAUAGAUCUGCGGCACGUCUUAAAAUGGGAUUAUUUGCAUUAGCACUACAGGAUGCCGUACGUGCUACGGAACUUGUUCCCCAAUGGCCAAAGGCUUACUAUCGUCAAGGAGUUGCACUGCAAUGUCUGGGCCGUCAUGGGGAAGCACUCGUGGCCUUUGCCACUGGUCUUGCUCGAGAUCCAUCGAACUCUCAAUUACUAUCGGGAUUAGUUGAGGCUUCAUUGAAAUCUCCACUGCGUUCAACAUUGGAGCCAACAUUUCAGCAGUUAAGAGCAAUGAAACUCGAUGAAUCUCCAUUCGUCGUGAUUUCGGUUGUCGGACAAGAGCUUCUUGGUGCUGGACAGUACAAAGCUGCUGCUGGAGUACUAGAAGCUGCUUUAGCAAUUGGAACGUGCAGUUUAAAACUACGCGGCUCUGUUUUCUCAGCAUUGUCUAGUGCCUACUGGGCGCUGAAUUCACUAGACAAGGCAAUAAAUUACAUGCAACAAGAUUUAGGGGUAGCAAGAUCUCUUGGUGAUACACAGGGCGAGUGCCGAGCCCACGGUAAUUUAGGAUCUGCUUAUUUUAGUAAAGGAACGUACAAAGAAGCUCUUACAGCUCAUAGAUAUCAAUUAGUCCUGGCGAUGAAGUGUAAGGAUGCGCAGGCAGCAGCAUCAGCUUUGACUAGUCUCGGACAUGUUUACACAGCAAUCGGUGAUUUGCCAAAUGCUCUUGCGUCGCACAAACAAUGUGUUCAAUUGGUUAAACAGAUGGGAGAUCGUCUUCAAGAAGCCAGAGAAAUAGGCAACGUUGGUGCUGUUUAUCUGGCGAUGGGAGAAUUUGAAAGUGCUGUUGAUUGUCAUACCCAGCAUUUAAGGAUAGCAAGAAGACUUGGAGAUCGUGUGGAAGAAGCACGUGCUUUCAGUAAUCUUGGAUCUUCUCAUCAUUAUCGUCGUAAUUUUGGCCAGGCUAUGACUUAUCAUGAAAAUGUAUUAAAAAUAGCCCAAGAACUUGGUGAUAAAGCCAUCGAAACAAGAGCAUAUGCUGGACUAGGUCAUGCAGCGCGAUGUGCUGGUGAUUUAGCUCAAGCAAAACUUUGGCACCAACGUCAAUUGGACGUUGCUUUGACUACUAAAGACAAAGUUGCUGAAGGUCGCGCUUGUUCCAAUUUAGGAAUCGUUUAUCAGCUUUUAGGUGAACAUGACGCGGCACUUAAAUUGCAUCAGGCACAUUUAGGAAUAGCUCGAUCCCUUGGUGAUAAGGCGGGAAUGGGACGAGCUUAUGGAAACAUUGGCAAUGCAUACAAUGCUCUAGGUUAUUAUGAACAAGCUAUCAAAUACCACAAGCAGGAAUUGACGAUCAGCAAAGAAGUAAAUGACAGGAGUUCAGAAGCUAGUACUCAUGGAAAUUUAGCAGUUGCUUAUCAAGCAGUACAAGGUCAUGAAACUGCACUGAGACACUACAGAGCUCACUUGGUGAUUGCAAGAGAAUUAAAAGAUGCUGCGGGCGAAGCAUGCGCUCUUUUAAAUUUAGCUAAUUGCUUGUCAUCGCGCGGUAGAUUUGAAGAAGCGGUACCUUUUUACGAAAACUAUCUUAUGCUUUCCCAAGAGCUCCAUGAUGUUGAAGGUGAGGCUAAAGCCUGUCAUUUUCUGGGCUACGCACACUAUUGUCUGGGUAAUCAUCGCGAAGCAGUGAGAUAUUAUGAUCAAGAUCUAGCGUUAGCUAAAGAUUUGCAAGAUAAGUCUGGUAUGGGACGAGCUUAUUGCAAUCUAGGUCUUGCUCAUCUUGCGCUCGGUAACUUGGACACUGCGCUCGAAUGUCAAAAAUAUUAUUUAGCAAUAGCUCAUAUGAUGAAACAUCUGUCAGGCAAAUUUCGAGCUCUGGGUAAUAUAGGCGAUUGUCUUUUGAGACUUGGUGAGACUGAAGAAGCCAUUAAAAUGCAUCAACGUCAGUUAAACUUGGCUCGUCAAGCGGGCGAUCGUAGUUUAGAAGCAGCUGCUUAUGGGGCACUUGGAGUCGCUCAACGCGCAACAAGAAAUUUUGACAAAGCGCUGGGAUUCCAUACACAAGAGCUCACAUUACGUCAAGAAGCCAGUGAUCUUAGAGGUGAAUGUCGAGCUCACGGUAAUCUUGGAGCUGUUCAUAUGGCUUUGGGUCAAUACACCCAUGCUUUGAAAUGCUAUCAAGAACAAUUGGAUCGUGCUAGAGAACUUGUAGAUUCUGGGAUUGAAGCUCAAGCACUAGGAAAUUUGGGAAUCGCAAGAUUAAAUAUGGCGUACUAUGAGGAUGCGAUAGGAUAUUUCGAACAACAAUUAGCAACUUUGGAGCCUUUGACAACUGGAACUGCGCUUCUAGAUAAAGCGAGAGCAUUAGGAAAUCUAGGAGAUUGUUACGAAGCUCUGGGUGAUCCUGAAGAAGCUAUAAAGUGUCAUGAGCAGCAAUUAGCAGCAGCUGUACGAUUACGCAGUAUAACGGAUCAAGAAAAGGCAUAUCGAGGUCUUGGAAGGGCACGUGAAGCUUCGGGUAAUCUUCAGGAAGCAUUGGUCUGCUUUGAAAAAAGACUUGUUGCUGCACACGAAGUCGAAAGUCCAGAAGCACGAGGUUCUGCUUACGGUGAUUUAGGACGAGUCCACGCAGCAUUAGGGAAUCACGAACAAGCUGUAAGUUGUCUGUCACAUCAGUUAGCUUUAGCACGAGGUCUAGGUGACAAAGCAGCAGAAGCAGAAGCUGCAAGUGGUCUAGGUGUUGUUCAUCUUUUAAUGGAUGAUCCAGAUUCAGCAUUCAGACAUCAUCAAUUAGAAUUGUCUUUAGCUGAAGAUCUUGAUGCCGCUGGAUUACAAGCUCGUGCUUGUGCUAAUCUUGGUGCGACACAAGAAGCACUUGGUCAAUAUGAAGAGGCAAUACGAUUACAAGAGCAAUCUUUGAGUUUGGCGGCAGCUGCUGGUGAUCAGGCGGCACGAGCUACUGCAUUUUCUAGUCUUGGAAGGCUGCAUCAUCUUUGUGGUGAUUUUCCUCGUGCUCUGAGUUAUCUUCAGUCAGGUCUUUCAUUGUCAGAAGGUCUUGGAAGACGUGAAGAAGUUGCUCGGCUUCAUCAUCGGCUUGGUCUCGUUCAUUGGCAGACUGGAGAAGCUUCCAUUGCCGUUGAACAAUUAGAGAAAGCUGCUAAUUUAUUAGAAUCACUUGAUGGCACGUCUAGUAUUUUAACAAAUCAGACUAAAAAAUCUGAUUUACUUGUUGAAAUUUAUGGAAUGCUGCAAAAAGUAUUAGUAAGUUUGAAUCGCGCUGAAGAGGCUCUCAAUUGGGCUGAAAGAUCUAGAAGAUCUAAGAGUAUUAAUCUUGAAGAUGUUACUCAUUACUCAGAAAUAGUCGACCGGCAAAGAGGAAUCGUUUUAUAUUACAGUGAGGUUGAAAAUGAAUUACAUGCCUGGUGUUUGGCACCAAGUCGCGGAUUACUGAGGUUCCAUUCCACAACCAUGCCCAGUGGAUUGUCUCUUGAGCAGCAAGUAAAUCAAGCACGCGAAGCAUUACUUGGAGAAUCAUCAGAUCUUGUUGAUGAAAGUUCGAAAAUGCCAUUGAGAGGAAACCGAUUUAACGCAAGUUCAUACAGUUUAAGCAGUCUCUUCAGCGUUGGUUCCGCAAGUUCUAGAGCUGGAAGUGCACGCUGGGGCCGUGGAUCCAAAGAUCCUGCUUGGCAAACACCCGCAUCGAUCCAAUCACUUUAUGAUAUUCUUUUGGCGCCAUUUGAGGAUUUACUUCCACCUGCGAGAAAAGAAUUAGUUCUUGUUGUUGAAAAAUCUCUUUACCUUGCGCCACUUCCGGCUUUACAAGCAGCCUCGGGUGAAGAUUAUCUUUGCGAAAGAUUUUCUUUGCUAGUCGUACCAUCGCUAGCGGCUUUGAAAAAAAGAUCACGUACUCCAAUGCCAGAGGGUGGUGCUACAGUUGCGGCUCUUGUUGUUGGUAAUCCAGUUCUUCCUGAAGAAUUACGAGAUGAACAUGGGUGGCCAGAAACUGUUGCCUCAGCAGAAGCUGAAGCUGGAAUUGUCGCUGAAAUUUUGGAAUCACGUCCAUUAACGGGUCUUGAGGCUUCAAGAUCAGCAGUACUGAGAUCUCUUCCUGAUGCAGAGUGUAUUCAUUUAACAAUACCAAUUUUAUGGAAUUCAGCAAGUCUAGCAUUGACACCUGAUCAAAAUGAAGAGACUUCACAGCGGCCAGAAUUCUUAGUCUCUCCAGCAGAAAUAAUGAGACACAGAUUAACUGCUCGCUUAGUUGUAUUGUCUGCAGGGCACUGCUGGAACAACGAUGAAAGUACAACAAGAAUAACUACUGACGGCAUCGAAACAAUAGCAAAGAGUCUUCUUAAUGCUGGAGCACAGUGUGUUCUUAUUGCAAUGUGGCCUGUACCUUCAACAGCAGGAAGUAUUUUACUCCGAGCAUUUUACAGUGCAAUGCUGCAAGGAGCUCGUGCAUCACGAGCUUUAGCAGAAGCCAUGCAGACUGUUCAGCAUACAAGACAUUUUGCACACCCAAUAAACUGGGCUGGAUGGCUGCUGCUUGGUGGAGAUGCGAGACUUUCAAAUAAAGUUGCAUUAAUGGGCCAAGCUCUCGCAGAAUUACUACGAAGUGGACCAGAAAUGAGUCGGGAUGCACUACGUGUUACAUUACAUUUAGUUGAAAAAUCUCUUCAACGUAUUCAUCGUGGUCAGAAAAACGCUAUGUACACAACUCAACGUAGUAUUGAAAAUAAAGUUGGGUCAGCUACUGGUUGGAAAGAAUUAUUGAUGUCUGUUGGAUUCCGCUUUGAACCAGCAGGCAAUGGCAUUCCUUCUUCAGUAUUUUUCCCUCAAAGUGAUCCUGAAGAAAGAUUGACCAGAUGCAGCGCAAGUUUGCAAGCAUUAUUAGGACUAGGACCAGCUUCUUUACAUGCUCUUGUUCGUCUAUUACAGGUACCGGAAGCUGCUGAAGAUGUUAUUUCGGCAAUGAGAAAAGCCAGUUGUGCUACCGAAGGCCAGGAAGUAUCAUUGCCAGUUAAAGUUUGGCGCGCAUCUGGUUCUCAUGAAUUAUUUGCAAGCUUAGGAUUUGAUUUAAUGGAAGUUGGGCAAUCAGAAGUUACACUUAGAAGUAGCAAACAGGCAUCUCGUCGAGCAGUUCAAUUUGCUUUGCAAGCAUUACUAGCAUUAUUUGAUACCCAAGAAGCUCCAAAAAGUUUGAGCUUAGACUCAGGAAGUUCAAUGGAAAGUCUUGUUUCUGUAACACAACCAGAUAAAAAUAAUAGUCUUCUUGAACGACCGAGACUUGGUGGAGCUUUCGCAAGUUACGUAAGACAUCGAGGUGAACCUGAUGGUAAAACUACUGAGGCACCUAAUGCUCCUAUUCCACGACAGACUUAUCCAAAUGAAGGAGGUGAAUCUGAUGUUGCAUUUACUCCAAGUCCACCAGUUGCUCUGACAUUAAAUCAUCAAACUCGUAUUCGUAAUUUGUAUCAAGAACAAACAGUUCGACCUGAUUCAAGUUCAAGCAGUUCAGUAACAGACUGGGAAAAUGGUCAUAAUACAAUUUUAAGACGGCAACCGGUACCUCCAUUACCACCGGCAGUUCUUGAUAGACUGAGCGUUCGCACUGAAAUAGGAUCGAUUGCAUCAAGAAAAUUACGAAUGCCAACGAACAGUAGUACCAGUGAAGAAAUAAAUCAUCAUCAAACCGAGACAUCAACGACAAAUGAAAGCAUACCACAUAAUAUGAGAAAUUUAGCAACUUCUUUAACGAGUUUAACACGUGAAUUAACACCAACGAUGUCGGAAGUUUAUCACGAAAGAAAUAUUGGAUUAGGCUUGGCGCCAUCCUUAUCAAAACUUCUUGAAGAAGUUGGUAACGUUACGGAAAGUGAACAGCGUCAGCUAUCAAGAUCUGAACAAAGUCAAACACAAAAUUGGUUGCAAAAUGAACCAGAACUUUGUCGUAGAGAUGAAGCUGACGGAAGGUCUAUUGCUGAAUCCCAAUGCUCAGCGACUAGUUUUAAUAAAAUACACAGGAAAGCACCACCUCCUCCUGUGUAAUUUAAAUUAUUUUUAUUAUUCUUUACUUUAUUUUUUUUUAUAAACAAAAAAAAAUUAAUUUAACAAUUUAUGUAGGAAGAAAAGUUAAUUUUGUUGGCUACUAUUUAUGUAAUUAUUGUGGAAAUAUUUUACCCGUUAUGACAAUUGAAGUAACAAUAAUUCAUUAAUUGUUAUUUUUAUUUCAAUUAUUAUUAACUAAAUUUAGUUUAAAUUAUGGGUUAGUAACUGCAUUUUAAUAAAAAGUGUAUAUUAUUAUUAUUAUUAUAUAUUAACAAUAAUAAGUUUUAUAGAAUAAAUUUUAAUUUUUAUAAUAAUGAUAAAUUGAAAAGUAAAUUUACUUUGAAUUUCAAUUCGUAUUUUACUACACAGAAAAUAAAAAGAUUUUUUGGCGCAAAAAUUUUUUACUCGUCCCAAGAAAAUUUUUGCAUUAUAAAUUGAAAACGAAAAUUUUUUAUAUGAUCGAAAAAAAAUUUUUCGGACGUAAAAGAAUUUCCGGUGUCGAGAAAUUUUUUCUACUAAGAAAAUUUUUUUCUUCAAUUCAUAAUUCAAAAUAUUACGUACGCCAAGAAAUCUUUUUUUUAUGUGUACAUUUAUAUUUAAAAAAAAAAUAAGUUGUUGCAUUGAGACUGAAAUACGCGUCAUUUUCUUGCCUUGACAAAAAUUUAAUUGCGAAUUAAUAUGUUUGUUUUUUUUUAUUAUUCACUAAUAAUUAUAUAAAAUAAUUAAUUUUUAAAAUUCGUUUUUAGACCUCCAUC